UAGACGCUCUAGCCUGUGUUUUGUCACGUCUCUAUAGCUGCAGGCCGAUGACGUCACCGACAGCAGGGUUGCAGAGUCACCGCCGUGUGUUGUGCGCAAACAAGGAGUCUCCUGCGAGGUCGGUGCUGUGGGCUCAGUUAACGGGCACCGGAGAGGACGGGGACGGAGAGUGCGGGCAGGCCUUCAUGGGGCUUGAAACAGCAAAAAGUUGGGGUUAUGAUUCUAUGACCACAGUUAUAAGAUCUCUGCUGCAGUUAUUGCUUUCACAUUUGCCUGUGAGAGUCAGUGAUGGAGUCAGAAGCCAAAGACGGCGACGAGGACAACCUUCAGAGCGCGUUUAAAAAGCUGCGGGUGGACGCUGAAGGGUGCACAGCGUCCUUGUGUGGAGCUGAUGGCUCCAGUUCAAGAUCAUGUGGGAGAACGAGCCUUGAAGACACCAAACCAAAAGUGUUGGGUUCUCUAAAGGAAAGCUGGCAUGGAUCAUCAAGAAAAACCACAAGAGGAGCCGGAAGAACACCACGAAGACGGCGUUCAAAAUCCCCAGUCCUUCACCCUCCAAAAUUUACACACUGCAGCACAAAGACCACGUGCAGCUCCCAACUAAAGCACAAGAGCCUUUGUGACCCCGUGGAAGGAGGGGCCGCCGGCAGCCGUCCAGCUGUCAGUGAUCCUUCCAGCACUACCAUCAGUGGCUACAAGAGAUUUGGCCUAGAGCCUUCAGGAGCGUCUACACCAGAGACUACAUCCCAACUGGGCAAGACAGAUUCUUCCAUUCUUCUGGAGCCCAGCAAAAACACAAAGACCAGCCUCCCUUCAGAUUUCCACUCAGUAUCUAAACUUGGCACGGCUCCGAAAUGUACUUGCAAAAGUAGCAGCGAUUGUCAGUGCGACAACUGGCAAAACAUGGAAGUGUAUUCCUUUUCUGGCUUGCGGGACAUGCUUACAGAAUGUGAGAAGACGGUGAAGGAGGACUACUCUCAGUCUUUACAACACAGAACUCAAACUGCAGCCAACGGCUCCUCUGGAUCGCCUCGCUCUUGUUCUGAACAGGCCAGAGCAUCGGUAGAUGACGUAACCAUAGAAGACCUUGCCGGAUACAUGGAAUACUACCUGUAUAUUCCAAAGAAGAUGUCGCACAUGGCAGAAAUGAUGUACACCUGACAUUGGGCAUGGGUGAAAAGUAACCGCAUGUCAGUCAUCCCUAAAGUGAUCUUUUUCUGACCCCCGGAAGUUUCACUUGUCACCAUUUUGUGUACAAUAAUUUUUGCCAUUGCGUUGUGUUCUGAUGAAGUCUGAGGCCCCCCAAAAAUAUUACCAGCGGUCAUGCUACUAAGUAAAAAAAAUAUAUAUAAAUCCUAGAUCUAAAAAUAUAUAGAUCCUAAAAAAAAAGCCAUCUUGGUGUCAUUGGUAGCCAUACCUAUAAGUCAUUGGCCAUUGGUAGCCGUACCUAUAUGUCACUAGCUGAUCUUGUAUUUGCAUGAAUGGCGGCUGUCUCCAUAUAUUGUUUAACGCGAAGGGGGGGAGGGGAGAGGUGAGAGGUAUUUCCCGCACUGAUUCCGAAAUUCUUCAAAUAGAAUUGGGAGGGUGGGGUUGCAUCUGAUGGAAUAAUUUUCACGCAGUAUCAUUGGAAAUCCUUCUGUUCAUUGCAGUGUUACAUGAAUGUUGGUCACGCUAGGUAAACAUUUUGUGUGUUUAACAAUAGAGGAAGUAGACUCUGGAUUGUGAAGUGAGAACAGCUUCUAUUUAAAGUAAGGUAGAGCGUUGCAGUGAUCGUUCUGGCCAGUGUAUCGAUAUGUUCUUGAGCUUGAAGCUUAGGCACAGUAGUUAAAUGUUGGCUAAUAAACAUUCAAUGAAAUGAUA